CAGAGUUUGAAGGUUUAUUGAAACAUGGGGAAGCACUUGUUCCGAUCAUCACCUCCACGGGAGAAACAAACAGCUCACCAAUCUCUCGCCGAAACAGCUGUGCAAGAGUGUAUGAGCAACAUCACCACCGUCAUCUCCAAAUGGACUUCCUCCUCCUCCGCCGACGAGUUCCUCUUCUCCACCAACAGCCGCAGCGAAGCAGAGGAGUUCGUCGAAGUCGUCAGGCACCUCCACAGCACCAUGCACCGUCUCGUCGCCGUCAACCCUUCCUCGGAGAAGCUCAUCUACGCGCAGAACCUCAUGCAGUCCGCGAUGAACCUCCUCGAAUCCGAGUUCCACCGCGUGCUGAAGGAGAAUAAACAGUACCUACACCCCGAAAGCGUCACCCUACGGUCCUGCAGAUCGUCGAGGAGAUUCAGCACUUCGACUGUGACUAGCAUCUCCGACUCCGAAGACGAAGGAGGCUCCUACGAGGAAAACCCCUCCGCAGAAGAACAUAGAUUCUCCGGCGGAGAUUCCGACGCCAUGGACGAUCUCAAAAUGAUCGCUGACUGUAUGAUCUCCACGGGAUACGCUAAAGAAUGCGUUAAGGUCUACAAAACCGUGAGGAGAUCCAUCGUCGACGAGACGCUUCACAAUCUCUCGGUGGAGAGACUGACUCUGCAUCAGAUCCAGAAGAUGGAUUGGGAGAUUCUUGAGCCCAAGAUCAAGUCGUGGCUACAAGCCGCCAAGAUGGCAGUUCAAAAACUCUUCUUCGGAGAGAGGAUCCUAGCCGACCACGUGUUCUCCUCCUCAACUAACAUAGCCGAAGCUUCUUUCACCGAUAUCACACAGGAAGGAGCCUUAACGCUCUUCUCCUUCCCUGAACACGCCGCGAAGAUCAAGAAACUAUCCCCGGAGAAGAUGUUCAGGUUCCUCGACAUGUACGAGACGCUCGCGAACCUCUUCGUCGAGAUCGAGUCGAUCUUCUACUUCGAAUCCGCGGCUGCAGUCAGGUCUCAGGUGAUCAGCUCGCUUGCGAGGCUCGGCGACGCGGUGAGGCUCAUGAUGGCGGAUUUCGAGACCGCGAUUCAGAAGGAAGCGUCCAAAACGCUGAUCGUCGGCGGCGGCGUUCACCCGCUCACUCGCUACGUCAUGAACUACCUCUCCUUCCUCGCCGAUUACGACGAAUCGAUCGCGGUGAUCUUCGAGAACUGGCAGCUCGCCGUGCCGUCUCCUUUGCCGGAGUCUCUGUUCGGAGACGACGCUGAUCCGGAGGAUCUGCACUCGUCUCCGGCGUCGAAACGGAUCGCGUGGGUGAUUCUUCUGACUCUCUGCAAAAUCGACGGGAAAGCUCAGCCGUACAAGGACGUGGCGCUGUCUUACCUCUUCCUCGCGAACAAUCUCCAAUACGUCGUCGUUAAAGUCCGUUCGUCUAACCUGAGGCUCCUUCUCGGAGACGAUUGGGUGGGGAGGCACGAGGGGAAGGUGAGUCAGUACGCGGAGAAGUUCGAGAAGCUCGCGUGGGGGAAAGUGCUGACGUCGUUACCGGAGAAUCCCGCGGAGGAGAUUACGCCGGAGGAGGCUAGAGAGUUGUUCGCUAGGUUUAACGAUGAGUUCGAGGCGGCGUAUCGGAAACAGAUAUCGUGGGUCGUACCCGACCCGAAGCUUAGGGACCGGAUUAAAAUCUCGCUGAGUCAGAAAUUGAUGCUGGUUUGCACCGAGUUUUACGAGAUAAACCGGUUCGGUUUGGGAGGAGAUGCGUUUAAUGUCAGAUAUACCCCUGAAGAUAUAGGGAAUUACCUCUCGGAUCUUUACUUUGGAAGCAGAGGCUCGGGGAGUUCUUCGACAACAACCGGAUCAGGAUCCGGAACCGGUUCGACGACUACGGGUAAAUCUCGGGGAGGACGUAGCCAUUGAAAUGAGAAUCUCAUGAUAUUUUACUUAAAUAGUAUCAGCAAUAUUUAUUUAUUUGUGGCGGUGUGUGGUAAAGUGGGUACAGUGAUGAAUGAAUGAUCGGAUCGUUCACAUCUCCUUUUUCUGUUUUUUUUUUUUUGCUAAAUCUCC